GUAAAAAUUAUAAAAUUCGCAAACUUUAGUUUGUUUUUGUUUUGGAGAAGAUGCUAACAGCCACAAUUAAAAGCCUAGUACAUAUAAAUUCUGAAAGAACAUUAAUUUAUAUAAAUGGCAAUGUUAAACAACCUUCAAUAAUUAUGAUGUUAAGUCUUCUUCUAAUCCUAUAUCUUUUUUUGACAUCGAACCAACCUAAAUGAUAAUUUUAGGUACUUUUUACAAUGUGGAAACAAGCAAAACUUUUUGAUCCUGAACUUACUAGUUUCUUAAGUCAAGUUAGAGCUAGGAUGUUUAUGUAUAGUAUUUACCCGUCUACAGACUGGUGAUGAAAAUUAUUUCUAGGGCAGACUACGAAAGUAGCUUUUCUCUCAAUUGAUAAUCAACCAUACUAUAAAUGGAAAAGAAAAGACAAGAAGAAAGUGAAAAGGAAAGGGAAACGUCAUGGACACCAAAAAGGUCAAAUUCCCAAAAAUUAAAAAUCUAAGUUUUUCAGAACACAAUGCCCCGCAAGACAAGAGACAUCACUGCUGAAUCGAUUAUAAACAGAGAAGACAGGGGUAAGAAACGAGAGAAAGAUUAUGGAGAUAGGUACACAGAACAGAGAAGAACUCCAACAAUCAAACAUAGAAAGAAUCGCAACAGAGAAGACAGGGAUAAGAAACGAGAGAAAGAUUAUGGAGAUAGGUACACAGAACAGAGAAGAAGUCCAACAAUCAAACAUGGACAGAAUCGCAACAGAGUAGACAGGGAUAGGAAACGAGAGAAAGAUUAUGGAGAUAGGUACACAGAACAGAGAAGAAGUCCAACAAUCAAACAUGGAAAGAGGAAAGAGGAUUCAAACUAUAAGGAGGGUUUUCCAUCUUCUUCAAAAUCUGAGAGGGACAUGGACAUAAGAAGAAAAAGAGAUCCAAGGAAAGAAGAAAAGAAGGAUAACUGCUGGAGAAGUUCAACUGCUCAGGAGAACAGGAAACGACAUAGAUCUGUGUCGCCUGACGACAAAAUAAAAAUAAGAAAAGAAAACAGUCAGAAAGAUGCAGGAAAGAAUCAAAAGGGCUCAAUAUUCUGCAUAUGCAGCAAACAAACGUACGAUCAUGGCAUGGUGAAAUGUACUGAAUGCAAGAGAUAUUCGCAUGCGGAGUGCUUUACAAUGGAUGACAUGUCCAUUGAACAUAUUUGCGGCGGUUGUGCUGCUAAACCCAAAAAGAAAUGCAGAAAUAAAGAAAUUCAGAAUAUUGUGAAGCAGGAGGCACAAAACAAAGAUGAAAAAUCCAAAUUCAUCUUUAAACUGCAGGUUAGAAGGGUCCUGAAUUACAUACUUAGGGAAGAGUUCAAGCACAUUCUGCCUGGAGUUGAACCUGACGAAGAAUUCCUAAAACUCAAGUUUGGAAUAAAAAGCUCAUAUGCAAACAAAAUGCUUGUCUACCUGUUUGAGGCUGAUUUCCUUUCUGUUGAAAACGGGUUCAAAAUUAACGUUGAGAAGAUAAGGGAGUUUAUCAACAACAGCAGAAACAAUUCAGGAUUCGUUGAGCAAUUUAUUAGAUGGAGGUAAAAACUUCAUUUUCUUCCCUCUCCUUCUUUUGCCUCCCUUUACUUUUUUUCUUCCUUUUUUCUACCUUUUUCCCCAUUCCU